AUGGCGGAUCCCUUGACUGGGCUGCUUCAAAAGAAGAAGCAGACUGAGGCUCAGGCUGCGUCGUCGACGGCAAAACCUGCAAAGGGCCUUUUUGACUUCGAUGUGGAGUCUACCUUGAGCCGCAAGCCAGCCUUUACAUCAGGCGGAGAGCCUGCAGAACCCACUAUCGGUGAGCGGAUCUUCCAGGCACUGGCAGCAGGCAGUAAUGUCGAUUUUCCCACAGUGACUGAGAUCUGCGAUCGAGUUGCAAAGGAACCUCGAGAGGUGCCCGAGGCCGUAAGGCUCCUCGCUGGUGCCUUUGCCGAGAAGGGUGGCCUGCCCAGAAGGAAGCUCAAGGCCCUCACCAUCAUGAACGAGCUCCUUUACGACAAAAGGGCGGAGGCUGAGCUUCGGCAAGUCCACGGCGUGCGCGACGCCUUGUGGACCCUACAGACAACCUCCAACAGUGGGCUUGGUCCGGAAGCAGAUGAGCAGAUCCGCAUGUUUGCCACAGAGGUGGAGAAAAAAUGCUUCGGAGCCUCUGGUGAUCCCUUUGCGGCGCCUGCAUUGGUACCAGAGGAUCCCUUCACGCUGCCAGUGGUAAAUUCCGUUCCUGCUCCGGCCCCACUGGGGCCACUUUCGCCGGCCAAAGACUCCAUGAAAGACGUGGGCUCUUCGAUGCUAGGCGCCUUGUGGCAGGUCGGUUCCCAGAUGACCUCAGCGGUCAAAGCCACCGCUCCGCGGGUCGAGAUCCCGAGAUUUGCCAUGAGGCCAGGGGCGUCUCGCCCCAACCUGGACGUCAGCUUUGAGGGUGUGCUGCCUGGCGAGAAGGUUCACUACGCAUUUAAUCCGUCAGUGUUGCUGAUCAACAAACCCUUUCGAGAGGUCCAGGGCCGACUGCUGAUCUCGAACUACCGGCUGAAGUUCCAAGUUCCCAAAGGGACGUGGAAGGACAACUUGGCAUGGAUCGGCGAGAAGCAGUUGCUUGACAUCCCUUUGGGGCUCAUAGAGGCGCUUGAGCUGGAGGCUCCCACCUCCCAGGCGGGAGCCCAGCAGUGGCGGUUGGUGGUGUCCACAAAGGACUUCCGCAGCAUCGUGGUUCUGCUUCCGACCGGGAAGGACUUGGGGGAGGCUGAAGAGGCCAUCCUCGCACUGUCCCAGCCAGGUCCAGCCUACACAUCUGCCCUCUUUGCCUUCCAGCAUGCCGCUUGUCUGCAAACUGGAAGACGAGAUGACGGCUGGAGUCUCUUUGAUCCCCGAAUUGAGUUCGAGAGGAUGGAAGUGGAAACGUCCCCUUCGUCUGCUUCGGGCUGCCCCUGGCUACUGAGUAGCGUCAAUAGCGCCUACAAGCUCUGCGACACGUAUCCUGCCUUCCUGGCGCUACCGCGCUGCAUCAAGGAAGAGGAGCUGCGCAACGUUGCAAGCUUUCGGAAACGAGGCCGUUUGCCGACGAUGAGUUGGUGUGGCGGGCGUACGCGCGGCUUCGCCUCAUUGUGGCGUUGCUCGCAGCCUACGGAGGGGCUCAUGGGCAACAACUGCCAGUCUGAUGAGAAGAUGCUAUAUGCCAUCAGGCUUGGUGCCACUGCUGGGCGCAACCGCGAGCUGCUGGUCCUGGAUCUGCGGCCCAGGAAAGCGGCCUAUGCCAACAAGGUUGGCGGCGGCGGUUUUGAGAGCUACAGCGGAUGUCGGCUAGUUUUCGGUGGCAUUGACAACGUUCAUGUUGUGCGUGAUGCCUGGAAGAAAAUGGGGCAGGCGGUGGCGAACCUCAGCAACGACGAGGUUGGGUCCUGGUAUCGCGACGUCGCAAACUCUGGCUGGUAUGAUCUGAUUGGCGCUAUCUUCAGCUGCGCGCUGAUGAUCGUCCACGAGAUAGAAAGCCAUCAUUGCAACGUGGUUAUCCAUUGUUCUGAUGGCUGGGACCGCACAGCGCAGGUUUCAUCUGUUGCAAUGCUGUGUAUGGACCCGUACUACCGCACGGUGCGUGGACUGCUGCUCUUGAUCCAGAAGGAGUUCUGCUCUUUCGGACACCGCUUCCGAACCCGGCUGGCCAAUGGAGAGAAGCCCACCAGUGAGUACAGCCCUGUCUUCCUCCAGUGGCUUGAAUGCGUCUAUCAGCUGCUCAUACAGUUUCCCACUGCCUUCGAGUUCACCUCCGACCUGCUUCUUUUUCUCGCGCGAGAAGUCUUGACGAACCGAUAUGGAACUUUCCUCACGGAUUGUGAAAGGGAGCGCGCGGAGCAGGUCCAGCCACACACGUUGUCGGCCUGGACGGCCAUCCUGGAUUCAGGACCGGCGGUUGAGUACAUCAACGACAGGUAUGAAGCUGUGGAUGGCUCGCUCAGGCCAAGUCCAACACAGGUCAACUUCAAGACCUGGGAGGACUACUGGUUCCGACACCGAGUCCACCCGAAAGAAGAGCUGGGAACUAGGCAGAAAAACGGCGGAGUGUAG